CGGGUGCCGAGGUAGCUGGGUCAGAGGUCAAGGGUGGAACGGCCACCCGGGCGCCGGCUGGCGCCGGAGGGCUGUGAUGGCUUCGGAGCGCCCGGAGCCGGAGGUGGAAGAAGCUGGGCAGGUAUUCCUGUUGAUGAAAAAGGAUUAUCGAAUCUCCCGAAAUGUUCGCCUGGCUUGGUUCCUCAAUCACCUGCAUCAAACUGUGCAGGCCACCCCCCAGGAGCUGCUGUCUGAGCAGGAGUUGGAAGUCCUCAGUGUCCUGCCCCCUGGGUGGCAACCAGAUGAACCAGUGGUCCCAAGCCCGUUCCUCCUUGUUCCUUCCACCCGGGUCACCUUCCUGGCUUGGCAAUACCGAUUUGUCAUUGAGCUGGACCUUAGCCCAUCUACUGGCAUUGUGGAUGAUUCCACAGGGGAGAUCUUGUUCGAUGAAGUUUUCCACGCCCUCUCCCGCUGCCUAGGUGGGCUGCUUCGGCCCUUCCGAGUGCCUGGAUCUUGCAUCGACUUCCAGCCUGAGAUCUAUGUAACUAUCCAGGCCUAUUCCUCAAUCAUUGGCCUGCAGUCCCACCAGGUGUUGGUACAGGGCUGUCUUUUGGACCCUUCUCAGUGGGAGGUGUUCCUGCAGCAGGUGUAUGAGCAGCUCUGCAUCUUUGAGGAUAAGGUGGCCACCAUGCUGCAGCAGCAGUAUGAUCCUCAGAGCCAGGCAGAGGGCCAGUCUCCAGACUCAUUGGAGCCCCUGGGCCGGAAGGUGGGAGUCUCCAUGGUGACAGCAGAUGUUGGGCUGGUCAGUAUGAUUCGUCAGGGCAUCUUGGCGCUGCAGUUGCUGCCCUCCAACUCUAGUGCAGGUAUCAUUGUGAUCACGGAUGGGGUGACCAGCGUCCCUGACGUUGCUGUCUGUGAGACACUGCUGAACCAGCUUCGCAGCGGCACUGUGGCUUGUUCCUUUGUACAGGUGGGAGGAGUUUACUCUUAUGACUGCAGUUUUGGCCAUGUGCCCAAUGUGGAAUUGAUGAAGUUCAUCGCAAUGGCAACAUUUGGCUCCUACCUGUCCACUUGUCCUGAGCCGGAGCCAGGCAACCUGGGUCUGACCGUCUACCACCGGGCAUUCCUCCUCUACUCCUUCCUCCGCAGUGGGGAAGCCUUGAACCCUGAAUAUUACUGUGGCUCUCAGCACCGCCUAUUCAAUGAGCACCUGGUCUCCGCAAGCAGCAACCCUGCCUUGGCCCUGCGCCGGAAGAAACACACUGAGAAGGAGGUGCCAGCCGACUUGGUCAGCACUGUGUCUGUGCGGCUUCGAGAGGGCUACAGUGUUCGCGAGGUCACACUGGCCAAAGGCGGCUCCCAGCUGGAGAUGAAGCUGGUGCUGCUGUGGAAACACAACAUGCGCAUUGAGUAUGUGGCUAUGGCACCCUGGCCCCUGGAGCCUGAGGGCCCUCGAGGAACACGGGUGGAAGUGACAAUGGAAGGUGGCUAUGACAUUCUGCAUGAUGUGUCCUGUGCUCUAAGGCAACCCAUUCGCUCAUUGUAUCGCACCCAUGUUAUCCGGCGCUUCUGGAACACGUUGCAGAGCAUUAACCAGACAGACCAGAUGCUAGCCCACCUUCAGUCCUUCUCCUCCGUCCCAGAACAUUUCACGCUUCCUGACAGCACCAAGAGCGGAGUGCCGCUCUUCUACAUCCCUCCUGGCUCCACCACCCCGCUUCCAGGGGAGAAGGAGCUGUAGAGAGAGGCUCUCCUCAGCAGACCACAGGUAUCAGAGCUAAAGACUUGUAGAAUACCUGGAUGAUGAUAUCCCAGCAGACCGUGAGUCCUCUCACCCCAUCUCCACCUGACACACUCUGGCCUCCACCACUACCACCUUCACCUUUUGUCAACCACCAGCCACUGUAGACUGUGUACUUCCUGAAGACCAUAGCUUGUCUUUGCCCUGUGUUUUCCUCACACUCAGUCCACAACUG